UCCCUGAACCCACAACACUCAAAAUCCAAGUCUCAGAAACCAAACUAUAGUGUAUACCAUGGGCUCGCUCGCCAUCGCCGAGAACAAGGAGAAGCAAGGCGCGGAGAUCAUCUACGGCGCCGACGAGUGCUACCGCCACUCGCAGGAGCUGCUCAACGAGCUCGGCUUCCCCCUUGGCGUGCUCCCCCUGAAGGACCUCGAGGAGUGCGGCCUCGUCCGCGAGACCGGGUUCGUGUGGAUGAAGCAGAAGGCGCCGUACGAGCACUUCUUCAAGGGGACGAACACGCGCGUGAGGUACGAUUCGGAGGUGACGGCGUACGUCGAGGACAAGAAGAUGAAGAGGAUGACGGGGAUUAGGAGCAAGCAGAUGAUGCUGUGGGUGCCGAUCGUAGAGAUGACCAUGGAGGCGGGGGAGAAGAUCUACUUCAAGUCGGCGGUCGGGAUCGGGCGCUCGUUCCCAGCCUCGGCUUUCGUCGACAAGGAGGCGGAGGAGGAGAAGAAGGAGAAGAAGAGUAGCAAUGCUGAGGGGGAAGUGGCUGCUUGAGAUGUGUUGGAGUUCAAUUGGCUUUUACUGUUUAAGUAAGAGGUUUCAUGCAUGCACGCAUAUGAAUUCAGUAGAGAGAUUGUAAUGUUGGGAGAUGGUAAUGUUUCUUUCCUUAGUUGCAUUUUAUGUUCAUUCAAUUCAGAAAUAAAAAAGUUGGACUACGUAGCAUGUUUAAUUA